UGGCUGAGACUUUCUGAAAGCUUCGCUCCGUUUUUAGUCCAAAACACUUCUGCGAUAGUGCGAGUGAUCGUCGCUUCGUAGCGGAGCUCUGGACUCUUGGAAACACUCUACGAGCUGCAAACCAGCCGCAGGUGCACUCACAGGCGUGAGCAGGACAGCUCAGGACCGGACAUGACUGGAGCCGGAAGCAGCGGCCAGGGUCCGCCUGAUGGGACGGAUCCUGAGGAGGCAGAGAGGUGUCCUAUCUGCCUGGGCGUCCUGGCCGGAAGCGAGCUCGCCAUGCCCGACAGCUGCUGCCACGUCUUCUGCCUCAGAUGCCUCCUCACAUGGGCAGAGUUGCAGAUGGCUCCUUCCUGUCCGGUGGACAGAAGACCUUUCACUAAUGUUUACAGAUGGGACGGGAAUCUGAGCUGUGUGCAGGUUCCUGUGAGGAAGAGAACAACUCCACUUGAAGCUGAAAUUUGCUGCUGUAGAAACCCUGAACAAAAAGUCUGUCUCAAAAGUAAACCUGCAAGAAGAUUGAGACGGCAAAAGGCAGAGAGGACAGAAGAUGCCAUAACAAAAGGGCUUGUGAGGAAAUGUAAUGAUGAAGACCCCUCGUCUCUGAGCAGAAAAAAGGUUCGAGGAACAGAGUGCUGCACUUGGUCACCUUCUCCCUGUGUCUCAUUAACCACCACAUCAGCACAGGACAUUGCAGAGCCUGUUUGGGUGACAGAGGAGAUACCGUACGAUGCUGGUUUCACACCGUGCAAAACCCAAGUGCAAGACUGUCCGUGGCUGUCUCCUGCUGCUCCCAUCCCUGUUAAUGGCACCUCAAGGCGGAGUUUCCAUCCCGCAAGUUGGAACCACAGCCCAUUUCCAUUUGGACUCUGCUCAUCUCCCUUGACCUCCAGCUCACUGUUCAGCCCCGGACAUUUUGUGUUUGAGGGUGUUGUCUGCGCCAUCACAUGUCCCAAAGGAGGAGAGAAGAGAGGCAGCCGAGCCUCAACCUCCAAAGCGCCCACCAAAGAGACCGAGUCUCUACCGACCAGACGAUCCGGACGCAACAGUAAAUCCCAGGAAGAGGCUCCAGCGACUGAUCCCUCAUCGCCGCCCCAGUCCAGUUCAUCAGACUCUGACUCGUCUAACAACCACCAGGCUGCCAAGCCGGCCAAGACUUCUCAGGCACCGGCCAAGAGGAAGGCGACAAACCGAAAGGCCGGCGGCAAGCGGAAAGCCGCGGCAAGAAAAAAGCGCACUCCCGAACCCAUUAGCAGUCUGGCCGCUAGUGAGGAGGAAGAAGAGGCUGACGGAGUUGACAACAAGGAGAAGGAGGAGGAGGAGGAGGAAGAGAAAAGUGAUAAAGAGCAGGAAACAAACAUAUCAGAGCAGCAGCAGCACUCUGAUACCGAAGGGAGCCUCAGUGCAGACCAGGACGGUGUCAACUCUGCUGACGUACGUGCAGAAUCUCUGAGUAACGACGUGGCAGAGGACAGUGAUGAAGCUCAGGAACCAUCUCAUGAACAUGAACAUGAAGAACAAGAACAAGAAGAGAAGCCAGAUGAUGGCGAUGAUGAUCCGUAUUUCCCCCCUGACUUGGCUGCUCACAGCCCCAGUUCAUGCUCCGAGGGCGACGAGAGCAAAAAGGAGGAGGAAGAGCCACCCAGCCCAGCUUCCUCUGGAGACAAGGACUAUGAGAAGACUCCUUCACCCUCUGACUCUCACAACGCUCUGCUGGAAGACCUGACGUCUCCAUGCUGCGAUGAGCCCACAGAGCAGGAUGAUGAAAUGGAGAUUUCAGAGUCUGAAGAAGCCAAGGAUGUGAAGGCUGAAUCGUUGGAGAACUUGUCAGAACCUGGCUCGCCCCCUGCUGGAGACUCAGAGGAAAAUGUAGCUGAUCCAGGAACGAAAGCUUCUGAGGACAAUGACUCUAAAAAGCUUGUUUCAGAAGAGCAGUCUGCUGGUCACAGUUCUGGGGAAGAAACCAAGGAUGACGGUCCAUCCAAGGAUGAUACUAAUGUCAUCCCCAUGGACUGUAGUUCACCCAUGAGCGACCAUGGUAACGGUGCCGUUUUGGAUCUGCCGAAGGAGCGUGCUGACCCAGCUGCUGCGGGAUCCCCUCCUUCUGAAAGCCAAGUCACCAAGGGCGAGACCCAAAAGGACCAAGAGGAGCGGGAAAAGAGCCCAGAGAGGAAGAACGGCAAGCAGCGGCGCUCUCGCUUCCACUCCGCGGCCGUCACCUGGUCACCUAAAAGGGAGGCCAAACGGGAAUCAUCCAGGCGCUCGCGCUCACGGUCUAAAGAGCGGGAUGGCAGCCCGCCUUCCAGCCACUCGUCCCGGGCUCGCAGCAGAGAAAGAGACAGGGACCGGGAUGGCGAGAGAGACCAUUCUAGGAGGGAGCGUAGCCAUGAGAGGAGGAGACGGCGAUCGAGGAGUCGCUCUAAAUCCAGGUCCCGCUCUCGGUCCAGGUCUCGAUCCAGAACAAGGUCCCACAGACGGGCGGCCAGUCCCGAAUGGCCAAACUCCAGAGAGCAGUCUCCACAGAAGAAGGAGCGCAAGGGCGGAUGGAGGUCAGGACAGAGUGGUGGCUCAGGUACUGAGGGACGGAGGUAUCAAGGAGGCGCUGGCCGCUUAGAAAAUGGUGCGCCUGCUGAAGGUUCCCCUGAACGCCCGAGCUGGUCAGAUAAUCCUGACUGGGUUACAGAAAAGGCUCGCGAGGAUGCUGAGAGCAGGAGCCGGCAGAUAGGUCCACGCAGCAGUGACGGGAACAGAGGGGAUUCACGAGGCCGGGGGGGCCGGGGAGGGUUUGAACGGGGGCGAGGUGCAGGGCGCGGCGGUGGCAACCGUAGCUUUUACAAUCAGGAGGAAACGGGCGACAGCCGCUGGCCCAGGAACAACUUCUCAGGCAGCAAUUCAGGGAAUGAUGCAUACAGCCGCUUCAACGAAAACCGUGGCGGUGGCCGGAGGAAAGACAUGGAUCCAAACGACUCUAUGUCCGAUCGGUCGGGAUGGUCAUCGGCAUCCAGCUGGGCUGUCAGGAGGUCGCUUCCUGCCGACGUCCAGGACUAUUACUCGAAGAGGGAGAGGGGAGGAGCAGGAGGCUGGAACAGAUCGGAGGAGGAGCAGCCGGCAGCAGCAGCAGAUCUCUCUAAAGGCGACCCCACCGCCCCGGCUGUCCCCGGUAACGCUCCAGUGCCGGUGAUGAACGCGAUUCCUCAGCUGAAUGUUCUCCACCAUCCCUACCCGGCGCAGGGGCAGCGAGGAGCCCUGCCCGUCAGCCUGCAGCCGGCGGCCUCGUACGGCAUGCCCCCUCAGGUCCCCCUGCACCUCCACCCUGCAGUGCCGCUGCUUCAGGUGCCCGCUGUGGGCGCUCAGGGCCUCCCGCCUCCCCCUCCGCCGCCUCCACCCAUGCAGCACGGCAGCCAGAUGGCAGCAGCUCAGCCCGAUGGCCACAUGACUCAGAUGUCCAGUUCCAUGAUGGGUUAUGGGAAACCUGCCCUGCUUCCCACCCCUACCAAAGCUGGUGCCGCAGUGACCCAGAUGCACUUAGCACAGAGCCAGAUGUUCCCAUCCUCUACCACUCAGUACGGCCACAACAAGGCUCACGCCGACAGCUCCAAAAAGGAAAAGAAACAGCAGAUCCAAGAGAGGGCUGUGAAUGAAGUGAAGAACGCCAUGAAACCUUAUUACCAAAAGAAGGAAGUCACUAAGGAGGAGUACAAGGAGAUCGUCCGCAAAGCAGUAGAGAAGGUGUGUCACAGCAAGAGUGGUGAGGUGAACUCCAGCAAGGUGGCCAACCUAGUGAAGGCCUACGUGGACAAAUACAAACACGCCCGCAAGAAAUGAAUCUGCGGCGUGCUGUUGGCGCGGCGAUGCCCUCGCUGACCCAUGCAGCUGCUCAAGUGCAAUUUCCUCAAGCUGGAAUUUGGCCCUCCAAUCUGAAAGAGGACGGAGCGUCAGCGUUUUCAUUUUUUUUUGGAUAUCUGUACCUUUUAUUGAAUGAAGAUUUUUUUCUAUAGAUUUUCAUAUUUUGUUAGAAAAAGAAUGACCCAAUCAGAAAUUGUAAUGCAAGAGCCCUUUAUUUUGCAUAGAUCGUGUGACUUGGGGAACUACUGUAAGGAGCGCAGGUUAGCGUGGGGCGGGGGGGGGGUUAGAUACUGAAGAUGCAACGCUCAGUGAACAACGUUAGAUCAUGUAGAGGAUGCUCUCCCAGGGUGCCGGCUGGUACGAUCAACGUCUCCUCCGCGGACCCCUGAUCACAUAGCUUAUUGAUUAUUGUCAAUGUUCUUUUUUAAAUAUGAUAUAAUAUUUCAGAGGAAAGCCUAGUUUAAAAAAAAAGUGCAUUGCCUUUAUUAAUCUCUGUGGCCCCAGUGACGGGCAGGUAUCUGAUGAGUGUGGAUUGUAAUCAGGGCCCUGAUUGGUCGAUGAGCGGGAUGGCCAAUCAGCAGCGAGUGUUCAACGGAAGGUGCAGGUCCCGGAGGGGGGGCGACCCAGGUCAAACGGACCCCCGCACCCUGCCUGAAUGUGUAAUAACUGUCAAUGCGAGAACAUGAACUGUGCAAAGUAUCCAGAGAGUAGUGAAAUAAAUUAGCUGCUUCCUGAUGCCCCGUGUGUUUGUCACAAACGCCUCCGUACCACCGGAGGGCGCGUCCUCAUUUUGUCUCCGUCUUUGAGCCGCAGCGUUUGCAUCUGGUGAACUGCAUUUCCCAACAAUCACCUCUCAAACAACUACUGCUGGGAUGUGUGUGUGUCGCUUUUGUUUUCUGCACAGGGUUGGUCUCUGUGCCCGUUAAAACCACCAUGACUCCCUAAAUCCUCAAAGGAAACAACUACCAGACAGGAAGUGAACAGCUACCAGGAAAUAGAUUUACAGUGUGUCAGAGUAUUAAUCGUAUCGAUAUUUUACAUCUAAAUGUGCCCGACUACUGUUUUCCACUGAACGCGGGUCAUUUCAGUUCCUCAGACUGACGGCGGGUGGACCUGUGUCUGUGUGUGGAAGUCAACAUGAUGUUACCAGACUCUGAACUAAUACAUGGUUCCAAUUUUGUCUUAAAAUGUAAUCAUCUGAAUUGUAGGCUUUAAAAAAUAUCUUCAAAUAUUAUGCACGAGGUCAAACACAUUAAGGUUUUGGUCUUAAAUAUGUUCAUGUUUCGUUUAACGUCACUUCUGUUUGCUUUAGUUAUUUGGCCAACACGGAAGUGAUGAACACAAACACCCCCCAAGAUAACAACUUCCUCUGUAUUUCAUGUCAUCUUAUUUUCAGUUAUGGGGAAGUUGAAUAACUUGGGCCUCUGAUAUUCAUAUCUGUUAAAUCUGUCUUAAAUUUAAGAACAGUUUUUUGUGUGUGUGUGUGCAGAACUUACACCUUAGACAUCCAACACUACAACACAGGUUUUCUCUGUAAAACUAACAGCACUUGGGUGGUGUUUGAGUCCCCCUGUGAACCGUGGCAGAGCCAGCCUGCCGCACCAGGGGCCUGAAACAGAAGCAGCUGAACGGAACACAGCCAUGUUGAACAUUGUAAUUUACACCUGACGUGCAGGAGAAAUCGAACGCAGCAAAACGAUCGAGGGUCAGGGAUUCGACCACAGCUUCUUCACGCAGUCCAGAGCGUCGGCCCCAUCAGCCGCUCCAGUGAAGUCCUGCAUGUGUGUUUGCCUGGGUCCUCACUGACUGAUGAGUGUAAUAAGUUGUGCAUUGCAGAAUAGUUACGCCAGUUUAUAUAAAUCCCCUGAUAAUGACAUCUUGUAAGCGUGAGGUUUGUACCAUAGAAUGCACAUAAAGACUUUUUACACAGUC